GAGAGAGAGGGGGGAGAGCCGUGAGGAAUGGCUGAACACUGACGGUGCUCUCCUGCAAGGAAACAAACCAGGACGCUAAUUACCGUCCGGUAUGCUGAACCUUUAGUAUCCGCGGAGCAACCAGCGUCUAAAGCGACCCCCCCGCCCCCCAAAAAAAGAAAGCUCGACUUUUUUAAUUUUUUUACCUUCUUGGUUAUUUAAUGGAACAACGCAAACGCAAAAAGCGCAAGGUAGGCUGCCGUUCCCGUCGCCAGCGCUGCUACUUUAUUUCCAUGGACUAAUAGGAGCGAACGGGGCUGAGAAAUGUUUCCCAGCAAGGUAACUCGCUGCUUAUCGAAGGCGGUGUCUGCUUUGUGAGCUAGCUGCGCAUUUUUGAAACGUAUUAAGUGCUGGACGAUAAAAUUUGUUUUUGAAAAAAGAAAAAAAAAAGGAAAAAAAAAAGAAAAGCGAGAGAGCGACGGUUGGGCUUCAUCUCCUCAUGCCCCCAAACCGACCCACCACAUGAGAACUCGACGUCCGCGCUAGAGAAAACCACACAAAGGGCUUUCUUCUUCCCCUUCUUUCCCCUUGCUUUUCACCUGAAACUGACGGAGGGGAAAAUGCUCGUGGGUUUGUUGUGGACAUGUUUGUGGUGUUUCCUCCGAGCCGGUGCGGCUGCUCAAGGGCAGGCGACGGCCGUGUGCUCGUCCUCCUGCAGCUGCGACGAGGAUGGGGGAGCGGACUGCUCCGGGAGAGGGCUGACCGUGGUCCCCUCCGGCCUCAGCGCCUUCACCUACUACCUUGACCUGAGCAUGAACAACAUCACAGAGCUUCCUGCAUAUAUAUUCAAGAACUUCCCUUACCUGGAGGAACUACGACUGGCAGGGAACGACCUGACAUUCAUCCACCCCGACGCCCUGUCUGGACUGCAUCAGCUCAAAGUCCUGAUGCUCCAGAAUAAUCAGCUUAAAUCUGUUCCCAGUGCAGCACUGAAGAACCUUCACUCCCUCCAGUCUCUUCGCCUAGAUGCAAACCACAUUACAACAGUUCCAGAUGAUAGUUUUGAAGGACUUCAGCAACUACGCCAUCUCUGGUUGGAUGAUAACCACCUAACAGAAGUCCCUAUUGCUUCCUUGAGACAUCAGUCAAACCUUCAGGCUUUGACUCUGGCACUCAACCGGAUCCUGUACAUACCAGACAACGCCUUCGCAAAUCUCACCAGUCUAGUUGUGCUGCAUCUUCAUAACAACAGAAUUAAGAAGAUAGGAGACAAUUCUUUUGCUGGACUGGUGAACCUGGAGACACUAGAUCUUAACUUCAACAACUUGAUGGUGUUUCCCAAAGCAAUAGAGGCCUUGCCCAAACUGAAGGAACUUGGGUUUCACAGCAAUGAUAUUGCUUCCAUACCUGAAGGGGCCUUUCACAACAACCCUCUGCUACGAACCAUACAUUUUUAUGACAACCCUCUGUCGUUUGUGGGUGCCUCGGCUUUCCAGAACCUGUCUGACCUGCACUCCCUAAUGUUGCGCGGGGCGAGUAUGAUGGAGGACUUCCCCAUUCUUACGUGGACUAAUAAUCUUGAGAGCCUGACCCUGUCAGGAACUAAAAUAUCAUCCAUACCCAGUGAUCUCUGUGAGGAUCUCAAGUUACUCCGGACGCUUGAUCUGUCCUACAAUGAGAUCCAGCAGUUACCAUCCCUCCAGGGCUGCAUCCUGCUGCAGGAGAUAAGCUUCCAGCAUAAUCGUAUUCAACAGAUCGACAGGAACACUUUCCAAGGUCUCUCUGCUCUCCGUUUGCUGGACCUGAGUAGAAAUGAAAUCCGAGUCAUCCAAGGAGACGCUUUCCUCACCCUCACUUCACUCACCAACCUAGAUCUGAGUAUGAACUCUCUGACUGUGAUUCCAACAACUGGACUGAGCUCUGUUAGUCAGCUCAAAUUGUCAGGAAACCCACAGAUGAAAAAUGUGCUGACUGCAGAAAACCUACCAAAACUCCGGUCCAUCUCUGUCCCUUACGCCUACCAGUGCUGUGCAUUUGUUGGAUGCGACUCUGUGACGAGUUCAUCUGAGGAAACUCUUAAAUCUACAGGUGGGGAUGAUGGUGAGCGCAUCUCAAUGGUGAUGCAUUGCUCUCCUUCACCAGGAGCCUUUAAGCCCUGUGAGCACCUCCUGGGUAACUGGAUGAUCCAUCUGACAGUUUGGUUCAUCUGCCUGGUGUCAUUGCUCUUCAACAGCCUCGUACUGGUGACCACCUUCUCCACGAUUCACCGAGCAGCAGGCCACUCCCACUACCUGACUCCAUCGCUCUCUUCAGCACGGCUGCUCAUGGGGCUACUGGCUCUGGCCAACCUGCUCACGGGCCUGUACGUGGGCGUGUUGACUGUGCUCGAUGCCGCUACGUGGGGAUCCUUCGCCGAGUUCGGAGUGUGGUGGGAGAUGGGCCCUGGCUGUCAGAUCACCGGAGCUCUGGCUGUCUUCUCAUCAGAGUGGUCGGUCCUGUUACUGUCGCUGGCGGCUGUGGAGCGCAGCGUGGCUGUGCGCAUGAUUCUCGGGAAAGCAAUGAUGCCACCUCGGAGGAACAGCAGCAGCUAUCGCAGAUGCUUAGGAGGAGAUCGAUGCUUCAGCCUGGCCGCAGGGCUGCUGGGCCUGCUGGCUGCCGCUGGCGCCUGCCUGCCUCUUCUUACCGUAGACGAUCAGUCCACGUCUCCUCUCUGCCUGCCUUUUGCUGGAGGCGAGAGUCCAGCUGUCAGUGUUACAGUUAUUCUCGUACUGCUCAAUGCCCUGGCUUACCUGUUCACUGCUGCAGUGUACACCCAGCUGUACUGCCACCUGGGCAGGGUGGAGCUGGCAGAUCCGGGGCAGACCGGCGCCCUUCGUCAUGUAGCCUGGCUCAUCUUCACCAAUUGCAUCUUCUUCUGUCCCGUGGCAGCUUUCUCCUUCGCCCCUCUCUUGACUGGCUCUACAGCCGGUGGCCCAGAGAUUGCCAAGUCCGUUACCCUCAUUUUCUUCCCGCUGCCUGCAUGCCUGAACCCGGUGUUGUACGUGUUCUUCAGCCCAACCUUCAGAGAGGACUGGUUGAGGCUGCGUGGCCGUGGAAUUUUUGCCAGGGAGGUAAAGGUCGGUGCUGAAAGCCACUGUGACGAUAGUGGUGGAGGGUCUGAGCUCACAGACGGAGGCUCCUCUGCCCACCUGGGCUUUGACUGUGGUGCGUAUUCACAGCUUUGCGGAGAGACAGUUGUUUGUGAGCAGUGCGAGACAGCACUGCGUGCCAGGACCUGCUCUUCCCCCUCAUCCUCCACAGACUGUAGACAUUUAGUAAAGUCUCAUAGCUGUCCCACCCUCUUGGCGGGAGCUGCAGUGUGCCAGCGCUCUGAGGGGUUUUGGGCUGACAGCAGCACACCUUCUGCUCAGUCUGAGUACGCCGAUGAGGGAGACUCAUUUGUUUCUGACAGUUCAGACCAAGUUCAGGCCUGUGGCAGAGCCUGCUUCUGCCAAAGCAGAGGCCUUCCUCUUGUACACUACUCAUACAACAUACCUCGAGUCAAGGACUAAGGAUGCCUCAGAGCUCCAGUGCAUCUGUGUGCACAGAUCUCUGUCAUGUGAAUUUAGGUUCUUCAAGAAUAUGUUAUGAUUUUUUUUUUUUAUAUCAAACAAGAAAAUGUGCCAACUAUCCUGCAAAUCAUCAAGCACUUAUGUUUACUGUUUAAACAGUGAUGCAACUAAUCAUAUAAAGGGAAUUUGGGUUUUUGAGCUUUCAGAUCAUUUCUAACUGAAAUGAACUGAACACGUCAUGACACAAACAGUUCAACAAAGAAAAAUCUUCUCACCGGUGCCUGCCUGCCUCUUGCUUUCAGCUGGUAUGAUGAUGAUGAUGAUGCUAGCCUUAAUGUAUGUUUCAACGAUUGUGACCCCCCCCCCAUUUUCUUCUGUACUCAUAAGCUUUGUAAGUGUAUUAUAUAUCGUCAAAAUUUAAAGCUUCACCACAGCAACAGUUGAUUUAUACUUUGAUUUUUUUAAUUAUUUUUUUUAAAUAUACGUAAUGUAGCAAAUAUAAAAAAAAAAUCACAAUAGACUUUAGUGUGAAUGUAAACUUCAGGUGGUCUAAACACAGCAGGGGCAAACAAGAUCAGUAACAGCUACUGCUUUACCUGCACACGAUCAUAUCCGUGUGGGACAUGUAGAUCAAGUCGAUACUAAAUAUGUCGUUGCUUUCAGUUCCUAAGACCGAGAAUGUGAUAAAAGUAGCUGAUAUCACUGUUUUAGCAGCAACUGUGCUUGGUUGUUUUGACAAAUGUUAUUUAUUGUUUGAGCUGCAGGAGUGUUUGGAUGUAAACGAUUUCCCAUGAGAGGUGACCUCUGAGCAAGUACAAAAGACAUAAUAAUACAAGCAUUAACCAAAGCAGCACCGUUAUCUCUUUAUGCAUAUACAGGUUUAGGUCACACUAAAUUCCAGUUGUUUCAAAACUUUGGGCCUUAUUGUCUUAGUUUUUUACCCCCACAUGGUCUCUGAUUUGGAUCAAAAUUUCUCUUUUUAAAUUGUGGAGCUUCAGUAUUGUUUGUCCGAGGACCAAAAGGCUCGGUACAGCAGAACGAAGACCAAGCAAUGAGCUCCUCAGCUCAUUGCUCAGGCCAGUAGUAGGUUCACCAUUAGCGCAAAUGGAAGUCUGAAUAAAAACUAAAUACAGUUAACAAAUUGGCAUUCCUUGAAAACGGACAACAUUCAAAAUGUUUAAUUCAGAUUCAUUUAUCUUCUGUGGGGAGAAACCUCACCUGCGUUUCGGAGCUAUUCUGAACCUAUUUAAACAGAGUUUGGCUCCUGAGGAGCAACUCAAAUGCAUGAAUGCCAUCCAAGUUAAACACAUGAAUGUAAUCCUACUUUCCUUUCACAUGCACAAGACUGACUGCCAGCUGAGUCAACAAGAUGGUGUGCAAGCAGAGCCAAAAAAAAUAAAUAAAUAAAUAAAACAAAAUGGACCAGUAAUUGAAAUGUGGGUGAUCUUUAGUUCAACCAAGGAUAUUAAGACAUGUUUCUGCAGUUUCUUCUUGUUCUAGACAACUAUUUAGUGGUUGUGCGUGCUCUGUACUUCAGAGUGACUGUUAAAUGUAUAUAUAAUGGUGAAAAAGUAAGAAAAUGAGGCCUAUAAUGAGCGUAAGAGUGAUUAUCAUCAACACAUUUACUUUUUUCUGUCCGGUUCCAUUCUCAAAAAGUGACUCAGAUCCUCGGUGUAUGCUCAUUUCAGUUUGUAUACUCAAGCUUUAUUGCAUACGGCGUCAGAAGGGUUUUUUUUUAUGUUGCAAGGUAAACAACGUGUAGAUCUCCCUUCAUACCGAGAGCUGACCUGAGUGGGUCUGUGUGUGACAAGGGCCUGACUGAUGUUUGGUGUACUGGAGCAUGACUGUACACAUAAAGGUGGUUACACCCUCAGAGCAUGUAUCCACAAGUGCACGUCAUGUGAGCGCUCAGGAAUUUAGGUAAUGAAACAUUUUUCCUCCAACAGGAUGUUCCUCUAGUCUUUAGACUGCACCGUUCUGUUUUUCUCUUUUUUAAUUUACUUUCUGUUCGUGCGUCGUCUCAAGUAAGUGUAAAUUCUUGCAUCAACCAAAAUGUCAGUUUAUGUUUGAGAUGUCUGAUGUCCCAUCUGAUAAAAAUGUACAAACCCUUCAGUGGUUUGGUUGUCUUUGUAUCUUAUGUGUAAAUUAUUUGAACAGAAAACACGUAAUCAAGAAUGGGAUGUUACCUAAGGAAGCUACCUCCUGGACUGUAGUGGCUGCCAGCAGUGCUUUUGUAAAAGAGUUUAUUUCCAUGUGUCACUAUUUACAAGUCUGGCUUCAUGUUUAUUUACUUGGCUAAACAUCAUUUUAGUUAUACGCAAACAGUGGGAGGAAUCUAUGUACUGUAUACUGUGAUUUUUUUCUUUUUUUUUUUUCUUUUUUUUAUUUUUUUAGCCAAACCAUAAACUAUGACAUAAUUUUUUUUUUGUAGAUAAAAAGUGGCAGAAUAAUACAGAUUAAAUAAAAUAUUUCAUUUAAUUUCAGUUCAGAUUGAAUCUUACGUGUAGUUUUUUUUUCUCUACAUGUUGAUUUUAUUCAGUUCAAGCUAAAUAUUCAUUCUGUAAAUUGCAAAUGAAUAAAGUUGCAAAAAGAUUUCUGUUAUAUUUUUAUGUUUCUGCUGCGAUAAUGUCUUUAACACAGGUGGAGUUUCAUGAGCUUGAAGUUGCACCACUGUAACCGGGUUUUAUUUUUCUUCAUCAUGAAAAACUGCUGCUAAGCAACAGCCUGAUAUUGUGCGGAUUAUUCGUGGAGUUUUGAAGUU